AGUGUCGAGUGUGUGGUUUCUGUAACCAACAGUAAAUAGCUACAUCGUCAAUGACGUCUCUAGGCAACCACCAGUGAAAACAAAACAAUUCCACUACUUUAUCCACUCCGCGAGUAUCACAAAACCUGACUCAUAGGUACCCAUGGAAAUCAGUUGUUGAGUUGAUUGGUUCGCAGGUAGAACUACGAUAGUAGACAGUGCAACGCGAACAACAACGAACUGACACAGUUUUUGUGUGUUUUUUUUUGACAAUUUUGGUUUUCGCUUAACCGCCUCCUAUAGUGGUAAUUAUAUCCGCGUUUUGUUCAUUUUUUGUAUUUCUUUUUAAUGAUUUUGUGAAACUAACACAAGUGAAAGAAGUUGACUGCCUUCAAGUUUUUAUGGUUAAAUAUAUAUUCUCCUUAACGGGUUUUUAACAUGACGAGCCAGUAGACUCACAACAAUGCCAACAUUAUGGGAGUCAAGCUUCAAUUACUGUUAGGAUUACUUAUACUCGGUUCGGCAUGCGGCUCCGAAGAGAAUACUACCAAUUUACAAAAUUCCGAAAAAAUAGAUAGUAGUAAAAAUAUUAUAGAGAAAUUACCAAAGACUGAUUCCCAAAUAAAUUUAGUUAACAACGAUACUCAUUUUAAUUUAGAUAAUUCCGAAUUACCUAAAUAUUCAGUAGAUAAUGAUACUCAUAAGAAUGUAAGAAUUGAAGAAGAUGUAGAUAGCGAUAAAAAUAAUGAUAAAAUGAGACAAGAAAAUUCUAGAUCGAUAAACUUGGACAGAUUGGCAUCUCCUGAUUUCCAUACCAAUGAAUAUUUAUCUGAUAAUCAAAAAUUCAUAGUAAACUCUAUUCAUAAAUCAUCCACCAAAAGUUAUUUAGACUUUUCAGACUAUCAAGUAGCGACACCUACAACGGAUGACCAUGAUUUGAGGAUUGAGGAAGCUGGACAGAAACUAGAACAGGAGUAUGAAGAAAAUAACUCCGAACAUUCAGAAGAACAUCAGUUAGAUGAAGACUUAGAUGCUGACCAUAAAGAUAUUAGUCAAAAUUUUCACAUCGAUAGAUUAUUUGGAAACUCAAAACACAAUCCCAAUGCCUCGUUGGAUUACAAAGAAAGAACAAAAAUUUUGAAAAACAAUACCUUCGAUGAUAAUUCUGAACACAAUCGUUUCAGUGUAGUUAAAGUUCAAAAACUCAAUUUUGCUUCCGAAUAUAAUGUUAGCACUCUCGAUGAAGACGAUACAGGAAUGAUUGAGUCAACAUCUGAUAAAGAAAAAAUAGAAACAACGUCUCAUAAAAGUUUCUUUACUACAAGAAAACCCAUUACAUUAACAAAACCUCCUACAAGUCCCAAUAAUCAUAUUUUAAAUAAUAAAAUUGAAUCUGAAACUAUCAAAGCUAUUAAUUCAUUAACUACUGAGUACCCCGCAGUGAAAAUAUCGAAUGUUGAGAAUGAAAUUAUAUCAAAAGAACAAAAUAUUGAUGAAAAUAAAAUUAUUCCUGUUGAAACAACUAAUUCUGAGACUGUUGCAACGGAAUAUUCAACUAUGACAACAGAAAAAAAUAGUACAACAGAACAAAAUAGAAAAACAACCGAUAGAAAUAAUGAAUUUACAACCACAACCCCUACGACAACAGAACAAGUAGAAACAUCGCCAAUUGACAAUGAUGUAACUACCACUCACGUCGCGAUUACCAAAACAUUGAAACGUGAAGAUCAUGCUAGUUCUACUGAUGAAAAUGUUCACGAAUUAACACCUUCAAAUACUGAUGAAACCACGGAAACAUCUACUUUUACUAACCAUUGUAUGGAUGAUAGAGAUACUGAUAUAAGUUCCAACAAAGAUAUAUUGACAACCGAACAUACAGAGCUGGGAACUGUCUCGACCUCUUUAUUGAGGAGUGAUAUAACUGUUGGUCAUUCAACUGUUACUCCUACGACAGAGGACACUACUAUCACAUCAAUAUUAUCAACCGAGAUUACAAGUAAAAUAUCAGAAGAAACCACAAAUAUACCUACUGAUAUUACAAGAGUCACUACAGCGAUUAUUAAGAAAGAAACUGCUGAAGACACGACAACAGUCACUAUAGAGAUUAUGGGAGAAACUACUCAAGAAACCAUUCAAGAUAUUACGACUGAAUCUAGUAGUAGAGUUUCUAAAGAAUUUACUUUUGAGGCUAAAACUGAAAAAUGUGAAACAACAACCCAAUUUCAAUCAAAGUCACAAACUGAGCAAAAAACGGAUACAAUUAGUAGUACUGAACUAGAAACUACCACAUUAGAAUUAGAAGCAGAAACUGAAAUGAGCACAAACACUUUUGCUCCAAGUACCUACCUACCAAGUACAGAUUGGGAUACCACUACAGUUGCAGUUAAAACAAUUCCAGUUACAAUAGAAGAACGAACUACUUUGUAUCCAGUGAAGGAAAAUAUGUCUACAAGAAAUGAGGUACAAACAAGAGAAAACAACAUAAUGCCGUUAAAUGAAACCUCGACUUCGAGUUUUAUUCCAUCGGUAACUGAUCUUCCAAAACCAAGGCAAAAUGAAUCUGAAAUUGAAGAAGCAACAACUGUUGUAACUACAUCAAGUACCGAUGAUUAUACAUCGGAUUCAUCGUCUGUACCAGAUUCGGGAAAUAUCGGAGGUAUUGAAGAUCAUAAAGGAAAAAUUGCCGCUAUUGUAAUAUCUUCAGUGGGAGCUAUAUCUUUGAUUCUAUUAGCUGGACUUCUGUAUAUUAUGCGGAAAAGGCAAAAACGUUUCAACUACAAACAAAGAUGUAGACCAGUAAGUCUCGACCAUUACAGCGUUGACAAUGUUUCAAGUUAUAACAGUACCAGACGAAAGGCAGAAAGACAGUCAAAAAGAUCAUAUGGUAAUCCCGCUUUUGAUGAUCCCGUGGUAAUAACUCAUCCUUUGAAUCUAUCCGCUCUUGUCAAAUUUGCUUCAAAUACCGAAGACAUCAAAGCAGAAUUUGAAGAAAUUCCUCAGAUUACUGCAAGAAUAAGUGAACUUCCGGAUGGCUGUGAAACUAAAAACCGGUACGCCAAUGUGAUACCAUUACCAGAAACAAGGGUAUUUUUACAACCUAUCGACGGAUAUCCUAACAGUGAUUAUAUAAACGCAAAUUAUGUAACGGGCCCCAAAAACACGAAAGGAUACUAUAUUGCAUGCCAAGCUCCCAUGCAAAAUACGGUCGAUGACUUCUGGAGAAUGGUAUGGGAACAGCAGUCUAAAGUUAUCUUGAUGAUAACUCACCUAUAUGAAAAUGGAGUUGAAAAGUGUGUAGAUUAUCUCCCUCCAUCGGAAGUAUUAGAUUGCAAUAGGUUAUUUGGAGAUUUUCAAGUUACUUUGAAAAAGCGAGAUGUGAAGGAUAAAUAUAUCAUAUCGAACCUUCAACUGAAGAAUAUGGUUUCAAAUAGUUGGAGAGAAGUCACACAUUUCUGGUACCUGGGUUGGCCGGAAAAGGGAGUGCCAACUGAAGAAAAUUCGCUCAUAGCUUUCUUAAUAGAAGCUAGGAGUUAUAUGAAAUCAUCUACUUUGGAUAAGAUUGCUGCAGCCAAUGGCAAUGUCAAUGGUCCUCCAAAGAAUGAAGUAAAUCCAGUUGUAGUACAUUGUAGUCCAGGAACAGGAAGAACUGGAGUCGUAAUCGCAUGUGAUAUUGCAAUCAGGGAAUUUGAACAGACCCGACUCGUAGACAUUCCCAAGAUCGUUUACAGGUUAAGAAGAGAUAGGGCUAGUGCUGUACAAACUAAAGAACAAUACAUGUUAAUCUAUAAGGUUGUUAGCCUCUAUGCAACUAAACUCACAGGUGGAGCCCUAGAGUCGUACUAAUAUUAUGUAUAUUUAAAAUAAAUGUUAAUAUAUUUUUGUGAUACUUAGUGAAUUUUAUUACUGUAUAUUCCUUUAUUAUAAAGACCAUACAAAUGUAUUUGUAAAUAACAGAAAGUGUAUUAAAUAUAUUUAGACUGUAAAAAAUAUUUUUUGAAAUGGAUAUGUUUAUAUUGUUUGAAUAUUGUUAAUUUUAGAGCUCUCUAUGUCAAAUAAUAAAAAGUUUAAUUUG